AUGGCAGCGACUACUCCGAGACGUUCGACACGUAUUCCGCAUACUCAUACGCCUAAAAUGUCUGAGAGGAAGAAAGGGUUAUUUGUUAGUGAGAACGAGUCUUCGAGGGAGUCCUUGACCAAGCAUCGUCGUUUGCCCGUAGUGGAUAGUGAGAGUGAUAGUGAAGAUUGUGACCUGGGCAUCAUAAGUACACUGGACUCAAGUUCUGGAGAUGAUACAGAUCAAAAUAAGACACCCGAACGAUCACAUUGGAAUGAAAUAAGAAACAAAACUAAGAUAAGAGAGACUCAUGAUCUGAAGAACUUUAUGAAGUCUCCGUUUACUCUCAAGAAGUACCAAACUAGAUAUUCCUGUCCGGAAACCAGAUGCACGGGUUCAUUGUCAACGCCGGCUACACCUCAUUUACAAAAUCAUCCGAGAACCCCUUCAUCUACUCAUUCAUGUGCCAGCAUUCAUACAACUUCGUCUACAUCAAGCCGUGCUCGGAAAAGCCUGGCCAGUCUCAUAGCAGAUACAGAGAGUUGUAGCAGCUCCCUCAAAGACCUCAACUUCGACACAGACUCGGGCUCAGACUCAAAAGAGAACACACCAACAAAAUCUCUUAGAAGAUCAAGUCGUAGACACAAAAUGACACCAAAGCUGCAAAGCUUCAAGGGGGUUUUGAUGGAGCAAAAGAAAAAUAUGUCUCCGAUGAAAAAUGCGGUUGUCUGUCUUACUAAAAUAGACAUGAGCAACUACAUAUCACCAACACAGAUGCUUAAAACGCCGCAUAACACUUCGGAAAAGGCUUCGCCCCCCAAGUUAGGUCACAACCGGCGUUCCGUGGUAGAAAUACAGGAAAGCCCAGAAUCUGUAUGUGAGAGUGAGAAAAGUCACAAACGCCUACACUACGACAAUCAAUCUGAUAUAGGGCCGGUAUCCAAAUAUCCAAGACUCGAUAUUAACGCACCAAAAGCCCGUCUAUCUCUAUUCAACUGCGAUCGUCUCAAAGAAAUUCUAUCCACAAAAUCUUUCUACGGCAAAACUAAUCCGGAAAUGAAUUCUAACAUUUCUACGAAAAUAUCAAACGCCAUUGAAGCUACUAGCGUGCAUAGAAGACACUCUUUCAGCCAUUCCCACCCUCACCGCCGCAAACGAAAACCCGGUCAGAUAAAUCUUGGGGUUAAACAUAAAAUAAGGAAGCCGAAAGUACACAAGACUAAGAUAGUCACUUCUAAAAGUACCAACGGUACAACACCCAGUGUGUUGAACCAAAGUAACGUCUCAAAUAAAUCUAUCAACAAAGAUUUAUCCAUUUUAAGUCAAGGCUCUACUGAUGACAAAGCUGAUCCAUUCGACAAGGAAAAACAAACAAUAGACGCCCUUCUCAGCCAGUGGACUGAGGAAGAUAUACCAGAAUCUGAACUUACAUACACAAGACCCAAGGAACUGCCGUGCUUCAACAGCACAGUCAUAGAAGCCACCGAUCAGAUCUUUAAACCUAUUACAGCCGUUCCUGUAGACACAGACAAUACAUUACAGGAUUCAGAAGCUGUUAUAGUAGAAUUAGGAACUACUAAACCAGUUGAAGCCGCAAAUACUCAGAAUAAUGUGAAUGCCAUAGAGCCACAAAAUGACAUGAAUGCCACAGAGCCACGAAAUGACAUGAAUGCCACAAACCCACAAAAUGACGAAGAUGUGGUCAUGGAAGAAGGCCAUGUAGCCAACCAUGGCGAAGUGCCCAAGACUGGUCAAUACCUCCCCGUGGAAGGUGGUUAUAUAUAUGUUGAAGUAACCAUAGAACAAAAGGUAAUACCGGACUUGGAUGAGAUUGAACGCGAGUUACAGAUGUUGGAUGAACAGAUCUUAAAGAUGGCUCAAACAAACAAUAUAGAUGCUGACACUGUACUCGCCUCUACAGAAACAUUACCUAUCACUGGUGACUUGACAACAGAUGAAACAUCUAAACAGUCUGAGAAACAGACAAAACUGUUUCCUAUAUUCAGUAAACCAAACCACGGUUUGAACGCUACAUCUACUAAAGGAGAUAAAACGAAAAGAUGUUUAUUGAAGAGUGGCAGCAAUCAAUAUGUGAUAGAUGCUGGACAGAAGAAGUUUGGAGCGACGCAGUGUCACGAGUGUGGAGUUAUAUAUGAGGUGGGUGACCCUCAAGAUGAACAUGAUCACUUGGUUCAUCACAACGCAUCUGAUGUACUCAAGUUUAACGGUUGGAAAGAGGAGUGUGUUGUUGAUAGAACGGAGCAUGGAAGAUGUUUGAGGGUACGAGGAGGAGACAACGGUUGGAAGAAAGUGGAGGCUGUGCUGGCUCGAGUGGUACACCCACAGCUGGGGUACACCAGCCAUCUGCCGGGAGACGCUAGGGCUUACACGGCUUACCUGUAUAUAGAGAAGAAACAAAUAGUUGGAUGUCUGAUAGUGGAACCCAAGGCCAGGGCUUUCAAGCUGUUACCGGGGGACCCUGACUGCUGCACCAUAGAAGAUUACCCUGUCAAAUGCGGCGUAUCUCGUAUAUGGACUCACGCUAACUUCCGUCGUCGCGGCGUGGCGGUGCGUCUGUUAGAGUGUGCCCGCGCCUCCUUCCUGUACGGGUGUGGCGUGUUACGCUCCGAGCUCGCGUUCAGUGCACCAACCGCCGCUGGAAAAGCGCUCGCCACUAAAUACUGUGGCACGGAAAACUUUUACGUGUAUCUAGAUUAG